UCCAUUUAACUUUCACCAUGAAGCUUGUCUGGUCGCCUGAAACCGCCUCUGAAGCCUACAUCAACACCGUUAGAUCGUGUAAGAGCUACAAAGAAUCAGGAGUGGCAGAGUUUUUAUCAGCUACUGCGGCUGGAUGGAACGCUAGGCUAAUCGUUGAGACAUGGUCACGCGGCGAUCCUAUCGCGACUAGCGUCGGCCUCGCUGUUGCUGCAAGUCACACUUGCGGGAGACACGUGUGUAUAGUACCAGAUGAGCAGUCAAAACUGGAGUACGUGUCGGCCAUGAGAGGAGUCGUUACGACGGAAGCUACGGAGGUUGUGGUGGUCGGAGAAUCUGUUGAGAGCACGAUGGAGGAGUUUCCCGGCGUGGACUUCUUGGUGGUGGAUUCAAAGCAACGAGCGUUCGUUAAAACACUGAGGUUUGCGGAAUUGAGCAACAAGGGUGCCGUUUUGGUGUGUAAAAACGCUGCGCAGAGAGCGAUCUCUGGGUUUAAAUGGCACGAUGUGUUAAAAACAGGGACACGUGUGGUGAGAUCAGUGUUUUUGCCUGUUGGGAGUGGGUUAGAUAUGGUACACGUCGGAGCUGCGGGUGGCAACCAACGUGGUGACUCGAGGAAGCAUCCUAGCCGUUGGAUUAGACAUGUGGAUCAUUUGUCGGGAGAGGAGCAUUUGUUCAGACGCUUAAAUUGAGAUCCUUUUUUACCCUUUUGCGAGUCCUAUGAUGUAUAUAUGUUACAUGACAAAAAUAAUUUCUCCAUAAUCAAAAACUCUGAUCAUCUUUUUUGUAAAAUACUCUUAUCUUGUGCUUGCAUGAAUGUAAAAUCAUCGACAGUA